AUGAUCUGCUUGUCGUUUAGACUUGACGAUUACGGUACUGAUCGUCUUAACUACUAUUAUACAACCAUGGUGAUUAUGGUCUUAUCAGUGACGAUUACUGCCAAACAGUACGUCGGUUCACCGUUGCAGUGCUGGGUACCGGCUCAGUUCUCAAAAGCUUGGGAACAAUAUGCAGAAGACUAUUGUUUCGUGUAUAACACCUAUUGGGUUCGGCCCGAUGACGAAAUUCCAACUUCAGUUGACACAAGGUCCGUUGACAGCCGCUUCGCGACCGCCCGCGACGAUGAUUCACAAAUAACAGCUCUAAUAUUCAGAAUCGCUCAGCAAUUGCUUUACUAUCAAUGGGUUCCUUUCAUAAUGGCUCUGGAAGCCGCAUUCUUCUAUCUACCCGUGAUAUUUUGGAGUCACGUCAACAACAGAUCUGGUCUGAAUGUUGAAAAUCUUGUUCGUAUGGCUGUGGCAGCUGAAACGGCGGAGGAUUCCGGUCGUGAAAAGAAGGUGUCAACCAUUUGUACUCAUCUCGAGCACAGUGUUGAGCUUCAAAUGUCUCUUGGUGAAGGGGCCACUUUUCUUACGCAUCUCAGCAAAUUUGGUCAACUAGACGGAACCUAUGUGUGCAAGUUCGUUUCGGUUCUAUUUGUUAUUGAUCAAUUCAUCAAAUAA